AUGCUCUUUAUUUUAAUUUUUCUUGUAACAAAUUUAUUUUGUUUAAAUAAAAUAUCUGCAAUUGAACAACAUCACGUGGAAAAAAUAGCAGAUUUUCUUUUGGUUAAUGAAAACGUUCAAACAAAAGUUUAUGUUGAAGGUUGGGAUACUGAAAGAGGAAUAAGCAUAAAUGUGGCAAAGAAAUUUGAAAUUCGUUGGAAUGAAAUUGAAAAAACUCUAAGGGAUAGAGAAGAAAAUAUUGAGGAUUUUUUAAAAAAUACAAAAAAUUUGUUAUCGGAGGAUGGGCAUGUUUUGAUUAUUAAAAAUAUUUGGAAAAAAUAUAAAAAGGAUUAUAAAAAGGAUUAUUUGACUUUAUCUGCAGAUUAUCAGAAAAAACUGGGUAAUAAGUUAUGA